UCUCUCUCUCUCUCGCCUCUUACUGUUGUCCGAAAGGUCACAGCCACACAACUCACCAAAACAAUGGUGUUCAGCCGAAUCCAGGUCAUUGAAGAGCUUCUUCGGGGUCGUGAGUCCGCAAAAAAGCUGCAGAAACUAGUCGACCAACCUGAUCUUGACUCAAUCACCAAGGAAGAUCUCGCCUCUGAAAUUCUUGAUUCCUUCACAAAUACACUUUCCUGUUACGAGAUCAGCUGGGAUGGCCACAGAUCCUCUGACGACUCAGCGGAAAGCAUUAAGAGUAAGAGGAUUCAGGAUGAUAAUGGCUCCUGCAAGAGAAGAAAAAGUUCACAUGUUUGGACUACAGAGACGGUUACUUUGGUUGCUGAUGGAUUUGCUUGGAGAAAGUAUGGACAAAAAGAUAUCCUCAAAGCCAAUCAUCCAAGGAGCUACUUUAGGUGUACGCACAAGAAUGAUCAAAAGUGCCAAGCAACCAAGCAAGUGCAAAAGAUUCGAGACGAUCCUCCACUGUAUCGAACCACGUAUUACGGGCAUCACACCUGCAAAAACUUAGUUAAUGCUAAUCAUCUAGUUAAUGAAUCCAUUCAGCUCGGCUUCAGUAUCAUCAAUGACAGUACCAAACAAGAUCAUACUCCAUUUUCAAUUUCCUUUCCCAGUAGUUCAUCAUUAAAAAAUGAAUGCAAACAAGAGGUAUUGACAACAAACAACCAGUUAUCUUCAUCGCUGUCCAAGUAUCUUCUCUCUCCUGAUCUUACCACAUUCGAAUCGUGCAAAGCAAGCACUCAUCACAGUUUAGAGAUGGGUGUUAUGGAGGAAUCUGUAUCUGUGGGAUUUGAUGAUGUUUUCCCAUUCGAAUUUUGAUGAUAUAUAUAUAUAUAUAUAUAUAUAUAUUUCUGCGGCAAAAUAUACAUUAAUGGUUUCCUUGUUUACAGUUCAGUACUACGUAUGUCUGUUAUCCUAAGCAAUAGUUAGCUACCUCAUUGAUGGGUGUCCGUAACAUAAUUUCUGUUGUUGUAGGUCAUAUCGAAUUUAUACUAGAAGAAGAAAAAAGGAAAACAGUCAUCAUCCACAACAUUAUGGAUUGACUGAAUAUAUAAGGUGUUCUUCUUAUAGAGGUUUUAUUGGUGAAAGUAGGGAUGAUUGGAUGUUAGGAAAUUUCGAAAAAGAGGGAUGAAAGAGAAUGUGUUGAAGGGUUAUGGAGCAAACUUGAUAAAGGGUAGAUGCUGGUCUUUUCUCUUGGGUGAUUGUAAGAAUCUAGAUAAUGAAUGAGAAUGAGGUCUUGAGGUGUGCAAUUUAAGUAGGUGAUUUGGGUGGUGGGUAGAGCGAGAUAGAGUUAUUUAAGGCCUCUAUAUACAAUGAAAUAGCUUUUGGAGUGA